GGUUAUCCGAGCAACGACCACCUUCAUGGUUUGCCGAGAAGGUCAUCUUUUGAUGAAACUCUCACAUGGUAAACAUAUCUGUGUGCCGUGUCCGAAAUGUCCUCCAGGACAGGGAGCAACGGUUCCCUGUGGAGGUAAUAUGCCAAAAAACGUUCCUGUAACCUGUAAAGCCUGUGAGUCAGGAGAGUAUUCUGAUUCGCUUUCUUUUGGAAGUUGUAAACCCUGCUCAAAAUGUCUUCCUGAUGAGGCCAUUGCGGCAAAAUGCACCAACGUCUCUGAUACACGUUGCAGCUGUAAACCUUGCCGUAGGGGUUACUACCGCAACAAGACCAUUUCGAAAUGCCUCCCUUGUUCAAGCUGUUGUUUCUUGGAUGAUACAAAUGAGGUUGUUCCACAGUGUGUCAGUCAGGGACUACCUCGCAGCCAAGUAUGCAGCAACCUGAAAAGGAAACCGUGUGACUCUGUUAAAGAUUUCGUAAAGUCCUCUUGGGGUCUUAAUAACUGGACUCUGGUUGCAGGUUUUUUGGUGUUCAUUUUAAUUUCUUAUUUUGCCUAUACUUCCAUCCUUCCAAGAAAGAAUAAUUUAGCUACAAAAGUUCAGUGUGGCUCUUAUCCAAGCCAUGAGACAACAGAGCAUGUGACACCACAGCAAAAAAAUGAACCAGAAACCACUGAGGAUACCUAUCAAGGUGAGUUUGAUGAUCUUAAAAUUUCUCACAUAAGGCUUCAACUGAAAAGUCUAAAGUUGUGCUGUGGUGGGGGAAGGGGUUGAAACUAAACAAAAGCACUAAACCUUCUACGUCGGCAAACCUAACAACGAAAGGUUGUUUGCUGUAGCUGAACAACAUAUGCCAAAAAGAGAAAGAUGUAAGCGUUUUAUUUGAAAAGGCCAUAAAAGAUGAAGUAAAUACUCGCACUCCUGACCCAACAACGAGGUAACCAAUAGAUGCUGAGUGUUCAUAUAGGGCAUAUGGAGUCGGUUGUAUUUCACUAUCGUUUACCGUGACGCUAGCAUCUUUAAUAAGCUCUAUUCACUCCAUAUCAUUCAUGCAUUUUUAUUUGUAAAAAAAUACACUUUGCAGAUACCAGAGAGGUGGAGUCAGAAUUUCCUGUGGAGCAAAACCCUGGCCAUUUACUGUUUGAGAAGACAGGGGUUGAAGUCAUUGCUGAAUCGAAUGACCAACCUUUAUCAAGUCAAUUAGCUUUACAAGCCGCCUCACACUCAACCAAGCCUGGAUUUCUCGAAGAGGAUGAAAUUCAACUUAGUCCUGUAAUAACGUUUAUUACAAGCAGUACAAUUGAAAAACCGCUUGAGAUUAAGAUACCACAUGGGGUAAAUAUGAUUCUUUCAAAUGCGAAGUGGAACUUCAUGCUUAAAGAGCUGGUGAAUAACGUAUGGCUCACUAUUAGGCAAAGUGGGCAAGGAAUUCAAAACUUGAUUCCUAAAAGCAACUACAUAAGUUUUAAAACAAAUCACCUCUCAACCUUCGUGGUGACUGGUAAGUUAGAAAAUAUCUCCCUUCCAGCCUUCAAACGAAUGAAGGUGGCAGUUUUCUGCAGAGAGACAAGCUUUGGGGACGACGUUGUUCUGAGGCUGUAUUGUUUUGAUGACUGCGAAUAUUCCUUCGAGGUAUGUUAUGAGGACGUUUAUCUUAUAUAACCUUCAACUCGAGUUGACGCACAAGCAUUGGACAACAUUUUUCUUUAAGCGUACCGUUUUAGGAUGUUUUGCUUACAAAAUUAUUCCCGUUACAGGAUGAUAGCUCAAUAAAGCCAACAGUCAGGCAUUGAAUAUUUCACCUUGUCAAUUCAUAUUUGUGAAAUAUUUCAGCUGAUCAUGAUUUGUGAGAGAACUUUAAAGCUUUCUUUUAAUGUCUAUAGAUGUAUACCAAUAAUAGUAUUGGACCAUAUAUUCUUGCCGUAAAUCGAUGACACCCCAUUUUUGUUUUUUCAGCCAGUUAGGGGACUGAACAAUUCUGGCGUUGUAUUUUCGUGCAAGCCUUUCUGUACUAACCCUGUUUCAUGAUAUUUUUCUAAGGCAUUUUUAUUCUUAAUUUUUAUAGAAGCUUAUGAAGAAGGAGCAGCAAAAAGGAGGGAAACUCGUCUCAUCAAUGGACUCUCUCGACUUUGAUGUCAACAGCGACAGGGAUGUGGAGAUUAGUAUAACAGAUAAUAAAGGCUGGCAACUUGACCAGGCCAGCCCAAUGGUACUGAGACAUCUCUAUUGUCCAAUCGGUUUACAGUGUAUUAAAAUCAGUCGAUUGACUGAUUUACUCGUAGAUGUUUUGCAAAUAAUUAUGUUUUUAUUGUAAACACGCAGCAUAUUCUUGCAGUAUCCAUUUUCACUGCUAUUAUUUGUCACCUUCCAGAAACUAAGCAGUAACUUGUUGAGGAACUCAUUUGACAUCAUUCCUCAGUGCAAUCUGGUGUUUCAUCCUACUACUGCACCAGACAAGGACAAUAGCAGCUUCUUUGUUGUGUUGACCUUAACUCAGGACCCGUCCACUCAAACUAUGCUGUAUGCAAGUACUGUUAUAAAAAAGGUACACCAUGUUUUCGUUUGGUCCUUAGGAAACUUAACUCACUUAAUCUGCUUAUAGUAUUAAGUAUAAUUCAUUUCCUUGUUGAUGGUAAGUAUUGACAUGUUUGGCUUUAUGCGUACGUAUUUUAUGAUGCACCGUUUGUGAAAUUGUCGCUAGUUGUCGAAAAUGUUUUUUUUUUCAGUUUUCGACUAAUUACGACAAAAAUUGCACAAAGUAAUAAGAAAAAACUCAUUUAAAUUCUUUUCAGCGGAAAAAUGCUUGCUAAUAAGCUCUAAAUAUGAAAAAUUGUCUGUGUGAUACCUUUGAACAUAUUUUAACUUCCUCUUGAAGAACAUGCUAGGCGAGUUGAUGUCAAUUCAUAACUCGAUUGCAAAAUCAUAGUACUUGAUUAUAACCAGAUUCUUUACUUCCACAGGCCCCUUGUUCUCAGGGUUAUCGAAACGGUAUGGUAUUCCCGCUGUUUAUUUCCUUCUUAACCCACUACUUAACAAGAAACAGCCUAGCCGAUUGUCCUGUCGUUACUGGCCACAUAUUCACCAAUAAACGUUUUUGAGUCGUUCUGUGCGAGUUUUGUUGCCCUCGACAUUUCUCGUCAUGAUAUCUGCACUGAAUAUGAUGAUAGCGGACCCUGACAAGUUAAACUUUAACACACUUUUUAAUUAAGAUAUUCCCUAAGCAAUUUGUUUUAUACCUUGAUAUCUGUACAAGGCCUCUCACUGUUGUUUUUUCUUUCCUUUUUUUUUUUCUAUUUCUCGUUAGAACUACACAGAAACAAAGAUUUAAGAACACAUGUAGGCAUUCCGAUGGAAGCAAAGCAAAUGUUUGACGGUGACGGCAAGUGCAUCAUUCAGAUGUAAAACGUGGAUCACAAUAGUUUUAAAAAGUUACUUUAAGCCAUGUCGGUACAAAGUCAGAAAUAUAGCGUUUCCGAAUGAGUUACCUUUUAACACGAGAAAAAAAUUUUUUUUUCACAUUUUGCAGCAACGAAAUAUUUGCGAAGAUCUUAAUCCUUAGUUUACGUUUAAGACAAGGUAACAGUUCUCAGGGUAGGUAAGUUCCUAGAUUUCACCAAUAACUUUUAAACCUCAAUAGGCUUUUUGCAUUAGUUGAUUACGUGAUCAACUUUCGAUAAACACGAAAACAGUUUGCUUUUGAAAAAUUUUGCUAGCACGAGCUGAAAGAGCAUAUUAACAUUAGGUAACCUGUACAUUUUCAUCCGAAUAUCUCAAAAGUAGCGAUUGCAACGGCCGCCGGAAAUUAGAAAAGACAAAAGACUUGACAACUGAUUCAUUCCGUGGGAUGCCUGUGGCACUCCCACGGUAAAAAUUCGGUUCGGUUGUACCCAAAAUUGCAAAGCCAGCUAAUAGGAUUGCGUAAAAUCUUUAUCGAUUAUCUCUUCUUCCAAGCCGACCAAUCAGAUUGUACAAAAUCUGUAUCGAUUUUUAAUCGAUUUGUUUCCUCUGAAGAACGUUGAAAGCCAAAUUUGUUGCCCUUGAGUUUUCCCACUCGUGGUUUCGUAUGGCUGAGGAUGGCUUAUUAACCAGCGAAAUCCUUCGGAAUACUGGCAAGCCGCUGGCAAGUCACGAAAGGCGACCUAAGCCAAAUUAUUUCUUCCCUUCAUGAUUCUUUUUUGUUUAGGUCUAGCUUUUUCAUAAGGUUUUAGUAGCGUCUGGUUGCGGGCCGUCAUUUUCGAAAGUUUUUCUAUUCGCAGUUCUCAUUUUUUACCGAGCACAGCUAGAGUUCAGUUUUUUUUUCCUUAUCGAAAACACCUUGACGAUGGGAGGUUAAAUCGCGUAAAUUUCAACUCGUACCCUUGACUUGGCGGUGAAAUAUCGUCUUCGUCGAUCGACGACUCGCUUUCGGCAUGGACUGGACUUCUGGAUGGGACACGGAUCAGGACCUGAGUAAACUUAUUAUACUUUAGAAUCAGGGAUAAUCAUUGGAACUAUGUUAACUUUGAGACCUUGGAAACACAUUGCAAUUAAUUUUUAACCGUAUCAAGAGCAUCUUGGAAUAUUAAACUUUCAUCUUGGAUUAAAACAUUGGAACUUUAUCGAACUUUGCAACCCUGGGUUCGACCACCUGGAUAAAGCAAGCGGAUGUUUUGUUUUGUUUUGUUCCAUUAACCUAAAACUACAAUGUUUAUUUCUCUUCGAAAAAGUUACCUGUGGCAACUUACUACCAAGAUAUGACGUAUAACCUACUCAUCGAUGCUCAUAACAAGACACAUCUUUCCGGUUUCCUAAUUUUUCCAAAUUCAGAUAGAACGCCAUUAUGCUUCCAUAGACCAACGCAUCCCACGGAAACGACUUUAGGCGUCUUGUUGUAUUGUCAAUUUAUUCUUCGUCAAUAAAGACUAUUGGUACUCCAUUUAGAGGAUGGUGAGACAACUCAUAACUUAUUGAAUACAUGUUGUACCGUUCGUAAGAAAGUUGGGUAAUAAGACAGUCAGUAGCACCCAUAUCAAAAUAUGACCCC